AUGAGAAAUCACUUGUGGAAACAGAGAGUGAGCAAGAAGAAGAGAAAAAAAAAACAGAGAGAGUUUGAGCCAGAGGAGAGCGCUCAAGAGGAGGAUGUGGAGAGCGAAGAAAGUGAAGAAGAGGAAGAGAUUGAGGUUGUGGAAAGUGAACCAGGAGAAGAAGGGAGUGAGGAAGCUGAUGUGGAUGAACCAAUGGAGGAGGUUGAGCAACCACAAGCUGAGGAAGAUGAUGGCCUCCCCAUGUUCAAUGAGCACUAUGAAGCUCUCAUGUCCAUGGAAUUUGUGGAAACCAAAUACCCUCAUGAUGAUACAAUGAAGGAGCUUGGGAUCUUUGAUGAUGUGGAGUUGGUUCUCAAGAACAUGCACUUGGCCAAGUUCCUCUCUUAUAGGAUGGAGUCAUACAAGGAGCUGACUUGUGAGUUCCUAGCUUCAUUAAGAUAUUACAUUUACAGCAAGGCUGAAAGGAGAGAAUUGGAUAGAGGUUUGGGUUGGAUCACUUUCACAGCUGAUGGUGUGGAGCCAGAGGUUACCUUUAGGAAUCUUGAAGUCAUGUUUGGGUUUAACUAUGGAGAAGGAACUGAGUGGAGUUUUGACAAGAAUGAGCUUCAGAAGUUUGGACUACAAUCUUUGAUGGUGUGUACUCCUCUUCAAGGUCUAAGGCUGCUCAAAUUAGGAGUCCAGUCCUUAGAUAUGUGUACAAGGCGCUGGCCAACUCUUUCUUUUCAAGAAAGACCACAUGAACCAUCACUGAAGGAGAGCUCUAGCUGCUUGAUAUGGGGAUCAAACUACUUGAUCACAGCCUAUGCCAAUCGCUUCAAGCCCAAGAGGAAGCUGAGUGUGGGAGGCCUUAUCACGCCUAUCUUGCUAGCUGGAGGUGUGGAUACAUCUAGUCAUGAGAGUACAGCUCCUGGUUGGUUGGACAUUAAGUUUUGCAAGGUGAACACCCUUAUUGAUCACAAUGAAGUGAAUGGGAUGUACCAAUUCUUGUUCAAACAUCCUGAUGUUGGUCCCUCCAAGAUGCUUCUACCAAGCCCUGCCUACACAACAGUUAGAGGAGGAGAUAACAUUGAUUUUUGGCCUCCACUUGACAUGGUUGUUGGGCAUGAAGCUGAGGAACAAAUUGAGGAGCAAGCUGAGCAAGCGCCUGAGCUUAUGGAACAGGAGAUUCAAGUUAAUGAAGAGCUAGGCGAGCCUGAUUGCUACUACUUUGAUGAGCAAGCAAAGGAUAAGUUUGGGGGUGUUGAGAGCAUAAUGGACGUGAGGAGGAAGGAAGGACUCUGCAUGGGACUCAGCUCGACCGCGCAGCUCAAGAUGAAGAAAGGUGGCGCCUUUAUGCCCAGCUCAACCAACCCGCGCGACCCACCGGUUGAGCUAGGCCAAACUUUUCCAACUUUGCACUAG